UUUCUUAAUUAUUUUUCAGGGUUUGGGUAUCUCCUAAUUGAGGAGUGUCAAAAUACUGAUUGCAAGUGAAUCCUCCUCAGUCAGCCUGUUGGAUGUCUCUGAGAACAUAAGAAGUCAUGGCAGAAAAUGAUGCAAUGCCGACCUUACCAAAAAAGUGUGGCCCAUACAUUUCAUCUGUAACCAGUCGUGGCAUGAAUUUGGUAAUUCGUGGUAUAGUGCUGUUUUUUAUUGGCGUAUUUCUUGCAUUAGUAUUAAACUUGCUUCAGAUCCAGAGAAACGUUACUCUCUUCCCCCCUGAUGUGAUCACAAGCAUCUUCUCCUCAGCUUGGUGGGUACCACCUUGCUGUGGCACAGCGUCAGCUGUGAUUGGGUUAUUGUACCCAUGCAUGGACAGACAUCUGGGAGAGCCACAUAAAUUUAAGAGAGAAUGGUCCAGUGUAAUGCGAUGUGUAGCUGUCUUUGUGGGAAUAAAUCAUGCCAGCGCUAAAGUGGAUUUUGCCAACAAUAUCCAGUUGUCUCUCACAUUAGCAGCCCUGUCAAUUGGACUGUGGUGGACAUUUGAUAGGUCACGAAGUGGCUUUGGUCUUGGGGUAGGAAUUGCUUUCCUGGCCACAUUGGUGUCACAACUUCUGGUCUACAAUGGAGUUUAUCAGUACACAUCUCCAGAUUUCCUUUAUGUUCGUUCCUGGUUGCCAUGUAUAUUUUUUGCUGGUGGAAUAACUAUGGGCAAUAUCGGCAGGCAGCUGGCAAUGUAUGAAUGCAAAGUCAUUGCAGAGAAGUCUCAUGAGGACUGAGGAGAAACAAUAUGCACCUUUUAAACAGGAAAAUAUCUGACAAAUGACUGUUGGAGGAGCAUAAGGAACACUUGACUAUGAAAUUGCCAAAACGCAAUUUUUUUCCCUUGAGUGGUACACUUUACUGCAAUCUGUGAUUGCUGCUUCUAUAGAAACCUUGAUGUCUGAUUUUGAUUACUGUGAAGUUACGAUAGUAUGCAAUACAUUUGACAAUAUUGGUUCAAUUAUAGGGAUUCUUUUUUCCAAAUCUAAACUGAGUUUACCAUAAGUUCUUGUCUGGCCAUAAUGUUGCAGUGCCAAACUGAACCUUUGCACUACGUUUCUGUAGCUGAAACUUCUGCUUCACUUUAUCUUGAAAGUUUUGAGGAAUUUGUUCUUAAUAGCUCAGUGAAAGACAGGGGAUUCAAAUUUGGGAAUGAAGAUCUUCUCUUUCCAUGAUGAUAGCCCGUUAAUAUCUUUAUGAAAUUCAUGGAUUACAGGUGAGCUUUGAUGCAAUAAGUAACUGAUUUCUGCCUGUUAACACACUGUAUUGUUGUUCUAACAUCACAAGUGAGGAAACUUAAUACGGAUCGUAUGGGUUAUUGCUGUAGCAUUUCAUUUGUCUGUGGUACGUGCCCAGUAUCACAGAAUACGGAAAUGGAAACUGAGGCUGGAAAUUAUUUGCUGUUUUUUUCCCCUGGUACAAGCAGUAUACAUGUUUGUAUAUGAACUUAUGUGGACAGAUUCUGAAACUACUUGUGUUGAGUAACCGGGUCAUUCUUGUACAGUCCCUUAAGCUGACUUGUGUUUAUCCCUUAUAAAAAAAAAAAAAAAUCUUAGGGAGAUUUUGUUGCGAAACUUAAUUCCACUGAACUAAAUAAGCCACUACCAUAUAGUGUCAUGAAACCCUCCAUUACCAAUGUUACUCUUGCUAGUUCUUGUCUACUACCUGCUCUGUUAGCAGGGAUCGGCAGAAGGAGGCAAGGCGGUAUUUUAGGUACUGAUGUAGCCCUUAUUGCUGUGACUAUGGUCCAGGCAACCAUAAAUGCAUUUGUUCUCAUUGCAAUUUUCUGAAGUAGAGGUAUACUCUUACCCCUAUCUUACAGGUGCCUGUGCACAGAGAGUCUGAUGGGACAGAGAGUGGAAAUAGGCUGUGUGCUGCUCAGUUGCCUUCUUCAGAAGAAGGAUUUUAGUGUGUGACCCAUAUUUGGGGCCAUACGUGGAAUUCCCUCUUGGCUUUGCAGCUCCCUUUUAAUACCAUGAGAAAAAAGAACUUGUGCAAGAAGGCAGAAAGCAGACUUUAGGAGGACACUCCUAACCUGUACCGGUAGUGAAUUCGGCACAGGGUGUCACCACUUAGUGUUCCCCUUUCUGUCUCUGUGUUGAUGAUGUUUUAAUAUAUUUUGUUUCCUUUUUGUCUUGAAGUACUAUUUUUUAAAUCUUCCAUGAAAGGUUUAUAAGAUAUGUUACAGUCACCUAGGGAGGCUGGAGUUGGUCCAAAGAACAAAUAGAUGUUUAGACAAGUUUUUAUUAAUAAAUGUGUGUAUGCAUUGUACACGAAGCUUGAAAUAGGCAACUCUUUUUCAGUCUUAUAUGCUUAUCUCUAAGUCUGAAAAGCAUGCAAUGGAGUGCUUCCAAAAGCGUUGUAACGAAAGAGGUGGUCACAAAAGGAAAAUGGCUAUAAUGGGGAAGUGUAAAAAUAAUAAAGAAGCAAAUUAUGUAUAAAGAGCUUGGUUCUGCAGCUCCACACGGUUUCAUCAGCUUACUACAGUUCCAUGACAAUUCAGCACCUGAAGCAAGCUUUCAUUGGGUGAUGUUUCAGGAAAGCACUUACAGGUGUGCUUUGCUUUAAGCAGCAGAGGUAGAACAUAUUUAAGUAGAUCCUCAACUGGAGAUUUUCUUUUAAUCAAACCAUAUGGCAAUAAGAAGCAUUUUAUUAAUAAAAGCAAGAAACUGUUAGGGCAUGAACUAAGGGUGAGUUUCUUUAGGCAGGCUCUGGCAUUUCACUGAAGAAGCCGUUGCAUCCCUUUCCAUGCAGUAUUUGGCCUCAUCCGCCUUCUUUACUUCAACAAAUGGCUUCAGCUUGGUGGGCAGCGUGAUGAGUCCCUCUUGAAUAGCAUAAAGAUUCAGAUGUUUCUCAUCCUAACUGUAGGAAAUAACAUGGUACCUCAGUAGCCAGUGUGCUGACUUGGUAAACAAUUUGCUUUCAUUGUGACCGAGAAGUGUAUACAACUGGAGAUGAGUAGUUUUUAUGAUUCACUUGGUGGUAGAACUGCUUUUACCUGCCAGUCUAAAUAUUUACACAGAAGAAGCCUUGUGUAUGUUAAAAUGUGGAGUAUGUGAGAAGUGGUUAUUGUGCAUCUGUGGCACCCACUUUACAACACUUUGCACUCGGAUUCAUCUAAACCUGAUUAGACUGUGCUGUCCGCUAACUUUUAAAUUUCAUUUUGGAAAUUUUGAGUGUGUUGUGCAAAGGCAGCAAUCAUCCAAAAUAAAUUUGGGUAGAGUCCUUUAUUAUAUGCGUUUUAUUAUUUUUAUUCUUAUUGGACUGAAGUCGAUACAAGAUUCAUGUCUUGGAUGUCAUAUUUUUUCAAACUGCAUUGUAAUUUUAUGGCUGAUGUGUUCAAACCCUGAAAAAGGUUCAUGAUGAGAACGCUGACACGGCCUUAACUGUAGUGGUGUGAACAUGCUGCUACUGUAUAGCGUGUAAUUAUAACAUUAGCCUGUCUUAAAAAUGUUGUUCAAUAGAGAAUGAAUAAGGUAUAUUUUAGAUACAACUUUAUAAGCACUAUAACCUCUUCACUAAUUAAGCAUUGUAAGUUCUAUGCUGUUUAAACUGGCAAAUUGCUGUUAAAAGCAAAAUGUGCAUUAAAUACAAUUCCAACCUUGUUUGAUAGGUUUCUUCUUUCUUUAAGAAAUAAUACUAAUUUUUAAAAUACACUAAGUUGCCUUCUAUCAGCAAUCUUGUAAUAGUUCUGACCGUGGAGCUGGCACAGUGGUUGCACAAAGCACCUAUCUAGAAAUACUAAAAAAGAAGCAGGCAAGAUCACAUCGGCAGCCAUUCUAUCAUAAUUAGCAUGCUGAGCAGCCUUUGAAAAUUUGCCCUUUUGAAUCUGCAGUGGGAAUAUUUGAGCUGGAGGAAAAUAAGCCAGAGAACUUCAGUUGCAAUAAAGAAAAUAGAGAUUUAGAUAUAAAUAGCACCUAUGAAUAUGAAAAAAAAAAAAGGCAGGGAAUCCCUUAAUAUUUAUUGUAUUUAUUAAUACUCUGGUCUGGAUAUGAACUGAAUGUUAUUCUGGUAUUCACAGACUGUCCCUGGGCCGUGCCCUUCACUCUCUCAAAAGAGAUGUAGCAAAUAGAGGUUUAGAAAUGUGUAAUGAAAAAUCCUCCAGGAAGAGGUGAAGAAAGGAUGGGAAGAGGGGUUCCUCAGUAUUGGAGAUGCAGUGCCCCCUACAGGACGGCAACACACGUGAAAGGUGGAAAGAGGGGGGGGGGUGACGGAAAAAGAGUGUGGGGGUGAAUGGAAAAGACCCAUGUUUGUGUUGGAUGGGGCAACCUGUGACCCAAAAAUCUGAACUCUGUAGUCAAAAUGCAGAGCCCUGGGUGUGCCAAGUGUCUGACCAGAGGCAUUACAACCAAGGUAGAACUAACCAUAACUUUACUGAGUCAUGGCGCUAAGACCAGUCAGAAGCACACUGGCAAAGGUGCUUUCCUGGAGAUUUAACCUCUCCCUUGUAUCUGUAGUCUGUCCAUGAGAGUAUCAUCCAGGGAAGGGAAACUCCAGCUCCUGCCUGCCCAAGUUCAGCCUGAGGGUGUCAAAUAGAAAGUUGUCCGUUUCGGAGAGAGUGUUCCAACUGUCAGGCUGCCAGGCUCUUGCAAAACGCAUCUUGUGCCUCCCUUUACAAGGUGGCUGCUGUAAGCAGCUAGAAGGAGAGUAAACAAAGAAACUUCCUCCGUAGCUUCUGUACUUGGGCCAUCUGGCUGGGAGCUGCUGCAGGGACCUGUGGGCAUACACCAGCCUUCCCUUUUUAUCUCUCCCAGCAUGUAAGGAAAGGGACGUGAUUUUUCCAGCUGCGUCACCCUGGACAUUUUGCAUAUGCUUUUUACAUUUUGGAGCAGUGUUACCAAUAACUCCUAAUGGUAAUGGAUGAAUAUAACCUGUGGAAGUGAUGUUAAAUAUCAAAUACAAUGCUUAUAGAAGUACAUGCACAGCUGGGCAGAGGGAACGUGUGUCUCGCCGUGGGAAUAGCUAUCUAAUGCUGUUAGUUUUGAUGCCAGUACUAAACGCAAAGCAUGAGUAAUUUUGCAGCUUAAUGUUCAGUACUAAACAGUAAAUGAAAGGUCAGUCCAACAUGUUAACUGUCAUGGAAUAGUAAACGCUACGUUAAUUGCUGCAUGCAGCCAGCUUGGAUUUUUGGUGUGUCUGUUGUCAAGUUUUGAGCAGCAUGGUCCAGAGCCUUGUCCUGAUUACCUCCCCCCAGUCAAAUGACAAAGCCUCAAAUUAAAGGAUAAACUUUAUGCCUGGGCUUUUUAGGCAGCAUACUGGGAGUUUGUGCUUUGAAUGCUUAAAAGCCACACUGGGGAAGAGGUAGGGGUCAUUUCCUGAUCUGAUUGGAGCCGAAAUCUGGGUUGAAGUGUAGUUUUGCAUUUUAUUGAGAUUUUCCUUUCUUGCUCUUCAUUUCUGAAGCACAGAAAUUUAGCAGCUCUCAUUGCACUUUCACACUUACUUUGUUUUUCGCCCUGCCCAGCACUAGAGCAGAUAGGAACCACCCCACACAAAUGAGAGAGAAUUAUAAAGGGAAAGGGCUGCUACUAAUUUUCCCCAGGCCACACGGGCUGAGAGCUCAGUGGUGUCCAGUGAGCCACGUACAUCAGUGUCGGAUGCACAACCUACAGCGUCCCCAGGUCCAAGCUGAUAGGAUUCAAUUUCUGUACUGGCAGCAGUUCUGCCUCAACUUUUGCACUUAAAAACCUCUCUUCAGGGAGUGACGCGUUGUGCGGUAGUCAUGCAGGGCUGCCAGUACGCAUUGCAGGGUAUCUGCAGUGACAAAGUCCACAGCAAUAGCCAUAAGGUCUGCUUUUCAUGAGUUUGUUGGUAGAAAUCCUGAAAUUGUGCCUUUGAGCAAAUACGUGAAAUAUUUGUUGAAAUCUGUAUUUAUAAACAUGUUGCUGUCUGAAUUCACAACAUAAUUCUGCUAGUUCUGUUCUCUGAUUAGUUCAAUGUAUACCCUGUGUUGUGUGAGGUAAACCUACAUUUCGGGUAAUUAAUACUUUUUUGGUAAUCAAACCUCAAAGCAAGAUUUGUUUCAUGCAAUUAUUCAGAGAAAACGUGAGCUAAAGAGAAAGCUGUGAGGAAUAGGUUGGCAACUUAAUUCACCAGAUGGAAAUUUUGCAAGGAACAUGUUACGAACAGAGAAGGACUUGUGGGUGAUGCGAUGGUUGGUGGCCAUCUUGGGCACAGUGAUCACAAAAUGAUAAAAGUUUUCGAUUCUUGGAGAAGUGAGGAGGGCGGUCAGCAGAAUGGCCAUCUUGGGCUUCCAGAGGGCAGGCUUUGGCCUCUUUAGGGGCCUGGUUGAGAGAGUCCCUUGGGAGGCAGUCCUGAAGGGCAAAGGGGUCCAGGAAGGCUGGGCAUUCUUCAGGAAGGAUGU